AUGUCUAUGUUAGAAAACGGAGAAAAGUCCAAAGAUAUGUCGUGGGACAUUCGUAUCAAAGAAUUCAUCGAUGUAGUCUCAAAAGAUACGUUGAAACCCGCUGAACUAAUUGCUGCUUUAAUAACAAAAUAUUUUCCAGAAAAUGAAAUAGAUAUAUUUACACAAUUACUUGAAAGAUCUCAAUUCAUACUUAAACGUGAUGAAGUAGAAAAAGAACUUGGUCAAAUUAUGGUCGAAGAAAUUAAACAAAAUCUUGUUAGAUGUCAAGGUGCCUCGAGUAGUAAACAAUCAGAAUGUUUGACAAAUUUAAUCAAACAGUGUGAUACUUUUUAUGAUAGUUUGACUACUGCUACUGGGAAGAAUAAAGACAACGAACUAUCUUAUGAUAAUGAGUUACGAGAAAAAGUUGAAGGUUAUAAAAAAUAUUUUAUAGAAAUAUAUUCUACAUGGGAAAUUUGGCGCAAUGCUAGUAUCGAAAUAAUGACGGAUAUGAAUAUUCCUCACCAUAGUUAUUAUGACUUGCGUAGUCCUAACAAACUUUAUAACAAAGUUUAUGAUACCUUUCUUGGUAAAGCUGUUACUUACGCAAACACAGAAUAUAACCUAGACGCAAUAGCAAGAUACAAGGGACUGUGUGAUCGAGUAAAAUCACGAUAUUUUAAUGAAGCAAAUGGGGAAUUUAUGAAAAUGUAUUUGUAUACAUUUGCUUUGGAUAAAUUCUUGCCUAAUAAUUCGAAAGCGCCUACAAUCGCUCCAAAUCGAAAAAUUGGUACAAUUGUUUAUGGAAUUUAUGGAAAAGAUACGUUUCCAGACGGUGGUCAUGGCCCAGAAGAUCAUAGUGAAUUCCAUCUAAUGAGUAAUGAUAAGUCUGAUGUCAUUACUGGUAUAAACAUCCAUUGUGGUUAUUUCUUAGAUUGUCUAAAGGUUAAAUAUAAAAAUCAAAUUGGAACCGCUAUCGGAAAUGAAAAGGGUGGAAAUGCGUAUACUAUUCGAGGUCUUGAUGAGAAAGAUAAUUACGUGGUUGGUGCAAAUGUUUAUUUUCGUGAACAUGUUAGUGACAUUCAAUUCUUUCUGUCAGAUGGUCAAAAGACUGAUGUUUUUUGA